AUGCCUGGUACAGUGCCGUCUAAUCAUUCCUUCCAUCAAUGUUUUUGUAAAUUUUGCAAAAGCUUGAUGCUUUGUCCUUUUAAUCAAUGGAGGUCACCUGUGUCAAUUUCUCACUUAAAAAACAGUGUUUGAGAAUUGAGAUGAACAAAAGUCACAAUUUUUGAAGAAAGGGAAACAAGGAAUGAAAACUCUCUCCCACUCUCUCUCUAAUCUACUGCCAUAAAAAUCUCACUCUCUCUUAUGCAGAUAGAGUGAUAGACACUCUCUUUCCUCCAGUCUUUGCUUCACUUUUUUCACUGUUGAUAUAAAAAAAGGCAACCAAUAAUAAUGGCGGUUGUGUGUUUAUUUCUUUCAUUCAGCGAAUAGAGAGAGACGGAGAGGGGAAAAAGGUAAAAGUUGCAGUAGUUGUAGUUGUACGAGUAGCAGGUCCGCCACCACAACCACCAGUAUUUCUUCCUCCACUGAAAACAAUAGCCCAAACCCAUAAAUACCCACCUCAAUUUUAUGUGUAUAAACAUGCAAUGAUUCUGUGUCAGAGGUUUAAAAUCCCUUAGAGCAGUUAUCGAUUCCAUGCCCAUUUAGCUUCAAUAUAGUUUUCAAAGUAAUUAAUACGCGAGUCUCCAAAUCUAAGUACUUGUACGUUUGCACUGUUUAGUGGUGGUGUUGGGUUUCUAGCUUGCGAUCUACUCCUCUGUUUUUUUUUGUUUGGCAGUCUCUGCUACUUCCGAGCUGAGAUCUACUACUCUUCUACAGUUCUACCCGAUUUUGGCUUGAUUGCGUUAUUGGGUUUCUCCUUUUGCUGCUUAAUUUGUUGACUGUGAAACCCCCAGUUACAAGUAAUUUGGGUCUGUAGAACUAAAUGUGGAGGUCCACUUGGUGAGGGUUUUGUGGAACAAAGAUUUCUGGUUGUAGAUUGGUAUACUGCAGGUGCUUGGGUGGGGGUCAUGAUAAUUGGGCGCUCAUGAGAUUAAAACCAAUCGUCUUUUGUAGCAAAACCGGAUUCGGUUGAGGAUUUGCCCCGGGUUUCAUACUUCUCUUUGUUGUUUGUACCUGAAUCUCCGUGACGUAUCUAUCACAUGCUAAAGUUGGUUUCCUUUCUAUUUUCCCUUUGAUGGGUAUGUGAGAGAAAUUCUCAAUUGGGUUUGGUUGUCGAAGGGGAGUGGUGGAGUCAUGGUCUUCUGGGGAGUAGAAGAAACAAAAAUAGGGGUUGCCAAGGGGUAAGUUCGUUGUAUUAUGGUGCCUGCUUGAAAAAGUGGGUUUUGGGAUUUAUUCAUUUGUGGGUUUCCACUUAGGAUUUGGAAGUAAUCUUGUACUAAUCUCUUCAAAAUGAGGCUGUCAUCAGCAGGUUUUAACCCACAACCCGAGGAAGGGGAGAAAAGGGUUUUGAACUCUGAACUAUGGCAUGCUUGUGCUGGUCCUCUUGUUUCUCUUCCUGCUCUUGGUGGCCGUGUUGUUUACUUCCCACAAGGUCACAGUGAGCAGGUUGCUGCCACGACCAACAAGGAAGUGGAUGCUCACAUCCCUAACUACCCAAGCUUACCUCCACAACUUAUAUGCCAGCUUCAUGAUAUUACAAUGCAUGCCGAUGUUGAAACAGACGAAGUAUAUGCACAGAUGACGUUGCAACCACUGAGUCAGCAAGAGCAGAAGGAAGCCUACCUUCCAGCAGAGUUGGGUAUUCCCAGCAAACAGCCAACAAAUUAUUUUUGUAAAACUUUGACUGCCAGUGAUACCAGUACUCAUGGAGGAUUCUCUGUCCCUCGUCGGGCAGCUGAAAAAGUUUUUCCUCCUUUGGAUUUCUCUCAGCAGCCUCCAGCUCAAGAAUUGAUUGCCAGGGAUCUUCAUGAUAAUGAGUGGAAAUUCCGGCACAUUUUCCGUGGCCAACCCAAAAGGCACCUUCUCACAACAGGUUGGAGUGUGUUUGUAAGUGCCAAAAGACUUGUUACUGGUGAUUCCGUGAUCUUUAUCUGGAAUGAAAAGAAUCAAUUACUUCUUGGCAUUCGACGUGCUAAUCGUCCACAAACUGUAAUGCCUUCGUCAGUCUUAUCAAGCGAUAGUAUGCACUUAGGGCUUCUUGCUGCUGCAGCUCAUGCAGCUACAACAAAUAGCCGCUUCACCAUAUUUUUUAACCCAAGGGCUAGCCCAUCAGAAUUUGUCAUACCGUUGGCAAAGUAUGUUAAAGCGGUCUAUCAUACCCGUGUCUCCGUUGGCAUGCGCUUUAGGAUGCUUUUUGAAACAGAAGAAUCGAGUGUUCGUCGCUACAUGGGCACUGUAACUGGUAUAGGUGACUUGGAUCCUACUCGCUGGCCAAGCUCACACUGGCGUUCAGUCAAGGUUGGCUGGGAUGAGUCCACGGCAGGGGAAAGGCAGCCAAGAGUUUCACUAUGGGAGAUUGAACCACUAACAACUUUCCCGAUGUAUCCAUCUCCAUUUUCUGUUAGGUUUAAACGUCCAUGGCCACCAGGACUACCCUCAUUUAGUGGCAUCAAGGAUGAUGAUCUAGGAAUGAAUUCUCCACUUAUGUGGGUCAGAGGAGAUGGAGAUCUUGGAAUCCCAUCUAUGAGCUUCCAGGGAAUCGGAAUGUCACCAUGGAUGCAGCCUAGGCUUGAUGCUUCCAUGCUUGGUCUGCAACCUGACAUGUACCAAGCUAUGGCUGCCGCUGCACUACAAGAGAUGAGGUCUGUAGAUCAUGCAAAACUGACACCUGCAUCCCUUCUGCAAUUCCAGCAGCCACAUAAUCUUUCUGGGAGGAAUGCGGCUUUGAUUCAGCCCCAAGUGCAGCAGCCUCAGCCUCAGCCUCAACAAGUCUACCUUCAACAUGUACCGGAGAAUCAGCAGCCUUUCUCUCAGUCUGAAGUUCAAAUUCAGUCACAAAUCCUCCAUCAACAAGCACAGCAUCAGCGUGUGCUGAGUAGUCGGCAGCAACAGCAACUGCCUCUAUCACUACCCCAGCAACAGCAACUGCCUCUAUCACUACCCCAGCAACAGCAACUGCCUCUGUCACUACCCCAGCAACAGCAACUGGCUGACCAUUCACAGAUUUCGAAUACUGUCUCUGCAAUUUCUCAGUUUCCUUCUCAAUCCCAGUCACCAGCAUUGCAAGUUAUCUCUUCACUUUCUCAACAGCGGAGUUUCUCUGGUUCAACAGGGAACCUUGUGACUAGCUCUAAUGUUUCUCCGCUGCAAAGUCUAUUGGGUUCAUUUCCGCAGGAUGUAUCAUCUCACAUGCUCAACAUGCCUAGAACAAACCCACUGAUAGCUUCUGGUACCUGGCCAUCAAAGAGAGCUGCGAUUGAACCUAUUAUUUCUUCUGGAGCUUCUUCAUGUAAUAUGCCCCGGGUGGAAGAGUUGGGGCCACUCCAGACGAAUGUCUCUCAGAACUCUGUUACACUGCCUCCUUUUCCUGACAGGGAGUGUUUGAUAGACCAAAAUGGGAGCACUGAUCCACAGAGCCAUCUUUUAUUUGGUGUCAAUAUUGAGCAUUCAUCUCUCUUGAUGCAGAAUGAAUUGGCAAGCCUUCGUGGAGCUGGCAACGAUAAUGACGCCGCAACUAUACCCUUUGCUUCUAAUUAUAUGAGUAAUGCAGGCCUUGAUUUUUCUCUCAACGCAGCAAUGACUCCUUCAAGUUGCAUUGUUGAAUCAGGUGCCCUGCAGUCCCCAGACAAUGUUGGUCAAGAGAAUUCACAAAGUAAUACCUUUGUCAAGGUUUAUAUGUCGGGGUCCUUUGGAAGGUCACUGGAUAUCACCAAAUUCAGCAGCUACCAUGAGCUGCGUGGUGAGCUUGCGCGUAUGUUUGGCCUUGAAGGCCUGUUGGAGGACCCCCUGAGAUCAGGCUGGCAGCUUGUAUUUGUUGACCGGGAGAAUGAUGUUCUUCUCCUUGGUGAUGACCCUUGGCAGGAGUUUGUGAACAGUGUGUGGUGUAUCAAGAUACUUUCACCGCAAGAAGUGCAGCAAAUGGGCAAGCAUGGCUUAGAGUUUCUGAAAUCUGCCCCAAUGCAACGGCUCUCUAAUGGCAUAUGCGAUAAUUACAUGAGCAGUCAAGAUUCUAGAAAUCUAAACUCUGGUAUAACUUCUGUGGGGUCUGUAGAAUACUGAAAAAACUUGAGCAGUUUAGCAACCCAUAUGCUCUCUUUUGUAAUAUUGGUGGCUCUUCUUCAAACUGCUUUAUAGGUAAGAAGGGCUACUCAGUUGGUACUUAUUAUAAUGUAUACUCGCCUACAGUAAUUACAUAAUCUCUCUUUGUUAUAUCUACGCUACUGAAACACAUGUCACCCCUAUUUUGUUAGGAUUCCAAGUUUUCUAGA